AUGGGAAUUCGCUGGAAUUGUCGAGAAGUAGAUAGUAGCGGAGUGAUGAUAGGUACAACACCUCUGGGACUUCUUAGCACAGAGGACAGUGGUGGUAAGGCGAAAGAGAAUAAUAUAGUAGCAAUAGACAUAUUCCGGUCUUCUGUACCUCUGGGAACCACGACAAAUGCGAGACGGUCGGUCAAUAAGACUAUGAAGAAUGGGAUAGAAGGAGGAGGCGAUCGACCACCUGUGAUAUCCAAAGUCCACCCGAGGAUCUCCCAUCUAUUGGGAUCGAGGGCGUCGAAGACUCUGACUAAGGCCAUUCACGUGACAGCGGCCACGCGAGAGUGGUACCUUGACCAAGUGGGAUGGUCGCCUGAGGGUGUCUGUUGUCAAGAAACACCGAAAUAUUCUCCAAAAAAUAACCGGAAAAGGUGGACUGAAAUGAAAUCGAGCCUUCGAACGCUUACCACGCCCCGCGUCGCCAUGCCUUCGACCUCUGUUACUGCAGUACCUCAGAGAGAGUUUCAACCGAGUCGGGCUCAACAGACAGACACCACAGGAGCAUUGCUCAAGCGGGUACCACCUCCAAAAGAUGAAGGAAAUGGACCAGGAAAGGGAAUUGGUAACGGACCGGGAAAGGGAACUGGUAACGGAAUUGGUAACGGAAACGGUGAAGGGAACGGCAAAGGAAACCCCAAGGACCCAACGUAA